AUGUCGCAACCCAUCGUCCUAUUUUUAGGGUGUGUGAAUCACACUCGCCGCCAAGCUGCUUGCAUUUGCGUGUUGGUUUUGGCCAAAGGAAGCUUGUUGGUAGCUGGGGAUGUGCCACAGCGUGCAAGACCUAGCGGCGCGAAAUGCACGUGCCUAUUUCAUGGCGGCUUCGUGAAGCAUCGCUUUGACGUGCCCUUGCCUCAAAGGUCUUCCAAGAUGACACACUUUGGCGGUGUGAAGUCCGCAUCCCUUCCGCACUCGGAGCAACUUCUUGCAGGAAUCAGUGAGCAAGGGUCUUGGGCUUUGGUUCAUGCUUCUCAGGAGAUCCGACGUGAUGCAGAUUUCUUCCUUCGGGCUGUUGCCAAAGAUGGUGCUUGCUUGAUGCACGCAGCAGAAGAGCUUUGUGCGGACGAGAAGGCCUUCAGCCGUGGCUCAAGACGGCCAUGCCUUACGCUACGCUGCUUCAAAUCUUCGAUCAGAUCCAGACUUUGCGUUGGAGUGUGUGAAGUGCAGCAGCGAGUCCAUUCUCUAUAUUGCUCCUGA